UAACCAUCCAUUCUAUGAUGGCUUCUCGAAAACACAAUGAUUGUGAGAGUUCCGGCUUUGAAUGAGGUUUUUUCUCUUCUUUAGAAGUUCCAUUACUACUAAAGUUUUUCCUUUGCAUUCUUUGGAAGUUCAAGUCCAACGCAAGAACUACAGUACAUACUAGUUACAAACAAGAAUGCGCAAUUCGCUGAUGAAGGACCUUGGCAGGGUCGUUGAUGGCCUGUCCCUAAUCGGCAAGGAGGUGGUGAAACAAUCUCAAAUUCGCAAUCAAAAUGGGGAUUUGGGAUCCCUAAUUACCAAAGCAAUCCUCACCGUCACAGACCUCUCUGGACUCACCAGUGGCAAGGUCCGGGAGUUCGUCAACCCUCCUCCUCCUCCUACUAAUUCUAAUUCUAAUUCUAAUUCCCGAGAAACGAGUAUCGUGUACUUUGCGGCUGAGGAGAGGCAGCCCCAAAUAUCCGUUCAACGAGAUCAAGCUGCCCCCCAUCUCUCAUCACAUCCGACACCACCAGUACCACCACCACCGUCAUUGCCAUCGGACUUCGACAGAAAAAGGACGGAAUGGGGCUUGGGGACGACAAACAAUGGUAAUUGUAAUGGUUCUACUGUCAACAGUCCUCCGCUGAGUGGUGGGGAUCCGGAUAAUGAAGGUUCGCCCACUUCAGAGGGCAAUAUUGCUGUUGCUAGUGAUGGAGCCAAAGAAGAAGAAGAGGCUUCUUUACCGACUGCCACUGCUAAGAGACAGAGGAGGCCAAGGGAGAGGAGAGUUCCUUCUACGCCUUUUUCUAGAGCUCUUGGGUUUGCGGGCCUCGGAGCUGGUCUUGCAUGGGGGACAUUCCAGGAAUCUACCAAGAGGCUUCUCUUUGGUACGCCUGACUCACAAGAGAAGCAAUCUGUUGUUUCCCCAUUCUUAUCCGAAAGAAAUGCGGAACGUUUGGCUCUUGCACUGUGCAGAAUGCGUGGAGCGGCACUUAAAUUAGGGCAGAUGCUGAGUAUUCAAGAUGAAUCUGUUAUACCUCCUCCGAUCUUGGCUGCAUUAGAUAUCGUCCGUCAAGGUGCAGAUGUGAUGCCAAGGAGCCAGCUGAAUCAAGUUUUGGAUGCUGAACUGGGUCCUGACUGGUCAUCAAAGCUGAUUAGUUUUGAUUAUGAACCAAUGGCUGCCGCAAGUAUUGGCCAGGUGCACCAAGCAGUUGCAAAGAAUGGUUUGCACGUUGCCGUGAAAAUUCAGUAUCCUGGUGUGGCGGAUAGCAUUGAAAGUGAUAUUGACAAUGUAAAACUGCUAUUAGACUACACAAAUCUUAUUCCCGAAAAUCUUUUUCUGGACAAAGCCAUGAAGGUGGCAAAAGAAGAAUUAUCUCGUGAAUGUGACUAUGAGCUGGAGGCAUCAAAUCAGAAGAGAUUUCGGGAUCUGCUAUCCAACACGGAAGGAUUUUAUGUUCCAAUGGUCAGGGAUGAUAUUUCAAGUAAAAGAGUUUUAACUACGGAACUUGUUCCAGGAAUUCCAAUUGAUAAAGUUGCACGCCUAACACAAGAGACCCGUAAUUAUGUUGGCAAAAAGUUAUUGGAGCUCACUUUGAUGGAGCUUUUUGUUUUUCGUUUCAUGCAGACUGAUCCUAACUGGAGCAAUUUUUUGUAUGAUGAGACCACAAAAACUAUCAAUCUCAUUGACUUCGGAGCAGCUCGGGACUACCCUAAAAGUUUUGUCAACGAUUAUAUGCGAAUGGUUGUUGCAUGCGCAGAUAGUGACAGAGAAGCAGUGAUAGAUAUGUCACGGAGGCUGGGGUUCAUAACUGGAAUGGAGUCAGAUGUUAUGUUAGAGGCUCAUGUCCAGGCUGCUUUUGUUGUAGGAUUGCCUUUCGCAAAGCCUGAUGGGUAUGACUUUCACUCCACAAAUAUAACUCAAAGCAUUUCUAAUAUCGGGGCUACCAUGCUGAGGCACAGGCUGACACCACCUCCUGAUGAGGCUUACAGUCUUCACCGGAAGCUUUCUGGUGCCUUCCUUGCUUGCAUCAAGCUUGGGGCUGUUGUACCUUGCAGGGAACUCCUGUUACGAGUUUAUCAAAGUUACCAGUUUGGAGAAGGUGGGGGUGAGAUCUUCUCCAGUGCUCCAAAUUCACGGUAGUCGCUCUUUUACCCUUUUCUAUUGAUUUAUUUUUUUCAUGAAAUAGUUUGGGUGCAGUUUUGCAUUCCAAUAAAUUUUUUGGGUUUUUUAUACGUACAAUGGUGUUGAGAGGUUGUUUGCCUUGCUAAAAAGGAAUUACUAAAUUGGAGUACAGGGAAGGUUUUAAUAAGACAAAAGAUAUAUGUAAAAUUAUUUUAGGCG